ACUCUUCAACACAUGUACAGUUUUUUUUGCCGUCCAUAAACAUUACACUUUCCUACGGUACAUUUUAUAACCUUUCCAUCCAAAAGCCAUUCGUCGUGCCAUUUUGCGCAACCAGUCCGUUUCUACUUCUCGCGUCGUUAGGAUGAGUUCUCUCAACCACUUUUUAUGUAAGCUACUGGUCGCCGUUGCGGCACUUUCCAUCACCACCCAAGCAGCCACGAUGAUCAUCAAUCGUGACUUUGUGUUUCCAACACUAAACGAGAAAGGACUCGGUGAUCGUUGUGAGAUUGACUAUGGGGAAGGAGCUUUCGUCAAGUUGGGAACGUGCGAGCGUGUGCGGGAUUGUGGGACAUUUCCCCAACGGUUGCGUUCUCCGCGGUUCAGUGUGUUCCGGGAACUAUGCUACUUCGAAGUUCACGACCCGGUGGUGUGCUGUUUGAGUGCCAGGGAUAUUGGAGUGAGCCAGCUAGCGCGAUCGCGAGUCCCAUCGCGAGAAGAGAUGUCCUACGAAGAUUUUGAGACGGCUAAUCUUGUGUGAGAAGGCGUUCAACGGAAGAUGAAUGGAUAAAUAAAUUGACUAAUGUGCCGUGUG